AUGGCGCGUGCGGAGCCGCCGGCCGCUAGCUUCGAGCGGCGCGUGCUGCGGAGCGCGGCAGAGUACCACUACCUGCGCGUCCGGCUGGAGCUGCCGGACGGGGUGACUCGGCCCACCGUCGCGCAGUUCAAGCAGCUGGUGGUGUCCGCCCUGAGGGAGCUUCAUGGAGAGGUUGGAGCAGCUUUGCCUGUUGAUGUCUUAACGUAUGAGGAAAAAACUCUGUCUGCCAUAUUAAGAGUUAUUAGCAGUGGCCUUGUCAAGCUGUGGAGUGCUCUAACAUUGCUGGGCUUCUACCAGAACAGGAGGUGUGCCUUUCGAGUGCUGCAGACAUCUCCAUUCCUUCUUGCAUUAGCUGGCAACAGUAGAGAACUAGUCUUGGACUGA